UGCCCUCCAGCCUGGGUGACAGAGCAAAACUUUGUCCCCAAAAAAAAAAAAAAACUGAUAUACUGUGAUUCCCAGUGGGUAGCAGUACCUAAUCCCACAUCUUAAACCACUGAGUCCUGCCAACUAUGAACCAAGGACUAUUUUCAUUUCCUUGAUCUAGAAGAAAAAAUAGGUUCCUAAAAAUAGAAAAAAUAGGUAAACUGCCUAACCUAACCUUCCCAGUCACACACGCACACACACAUCCUUCACUAGGACACAUAGCCCCACUGCCAAGACCCCCCCCCUUGCCGUGACCACCUGGGGCAUCUGGAACUCCACCCAUCCCCUAGGCGAGAGUCUGGGGAAACAGCCUUUCACAGCCCUCCACAGGUGACUGCCCUUCCCAUUGCAUUCCCUGCCAGCCACACACACCCAAACUAACAGAGCCAGGCCUAUCUGCUCCCCCUCUCUCAGAGCCGAUGCGCCGCAGUGUGUCUGAAGCAGCGCUGGCCCAGCCCCAGGGCCCACUGGGCACGGAUUCCCUCAAGAACCUGACCCUGAGGGACUUGAGCCAGAGGGGAAACUCCCAGACGUUGUCGGACACCCCCGAGAUGUCGCUGUCAGCUGAGACACUUGGCCCCUCCACACCCUCCGAUGUCAACUUCUUAUUACCGCCUGAGGAUGCAGAGGAAGAGGCUGAGGCCAAAAAUAAGCUGAGCCCCAUGGACAGAGGCCUGGGCGUCAAUGCCACCUUCCCCGAGGGUUUCCACCCGCGACGUUCCAGCCAGGGUGCCACACAGAUGCCCCUCUACUCCUCACCUAUAGUCAAGAACCCCUUCAUGUCACCGCUGUUGGCACCCGACAGCAUGCUCAAGAGCCUGCCACCUGUGCACAUCGUGGCGUGUGCGCUGGACCCCAUGCUGGACGACUCGGUCAUGUUCGCACGGCGACUGCGCAACCUGGGCCAGCCGGUGACGCUGCGCGUGGUGGAAGACCUGCCACACGGCUUCCUGACCCUGGCGGCGCUGUGCCGCGAGACGCGCCAGGCAGCGGAGCUGUGCGUGGAGCGCAUCCGCCUCGUACUCACUCCGCCCGCCGCGCCCGCGCCCGCCCCACCUCUGGUCUGAGCCGCCUGCCGGAUCCGGGCUCUGCGGGGAGAAGGGGGCUGCGGGGGGCGACACUAAAAGCCUGCUGUUCCCAUAUGCGCCGGCCUCCGUCAUGAAUGCGCUCCGGGCCGGGCGGGAGGGGGCGCGGGCUGUGCCUUACUUAAGUCGGGGGUGGCAAGGGGGCGGGGCUGGGGCCCGAAAGCUGAGACCCCCGCCACGGGGAGGGAGACGCGCACACACACCGGUCACCGAGACGGCUGGACCUGCACACCAUCGCUACCUUCUGCUGCUGCUGUGACCGCCGCAGGGACGGGGACUGGCCCUCCCUUGCAGGUCGGUUUGUCUGUUUGCUGUAAAUAAAAUUAUUUAAUUA